CGGCAACCAUAGCAGCGGCUAUUCGGAGAAGUGCCGAAUGAAGGAGCCCAUAAACAAUCGUGAAACAGCCUGGGCAGAAAUUUUCAAGGUGGGCUUGAACUACGAACUAUUCAAUUCGCACAAGGGACCUUGAACUGCUAUCUUGCCAGCUGUGCCGAGAAAAUCCCUCAAGGCUCACAGACAGAGCAUGUUGCACCCAAGGAUAUGUAUUAUUGUGGCGGUCUCGAGGGAACAGACCAUGUUUCAACACCGAAGGCGAGAAGCUGGGGCACACCGAGUUACAGGCGCGCUCCAGAAAGCCUGAGGAAGCUUCCACGGGUAACGCUUUGGCUCUGCCAUUGUCGGCCUGGUCGUCCACUCACUUCUUAAGAAAACUUCCAGUACAACAAAACAAACAAAGCGAGUUGGGCCUCCUGACCUGGGAUCCACCUUGUUGAUCAGAGACACAAGGCUGUUCGCUACGGCCAUCAGGCUGAUUCAAAUUGAUUCAGCGUUUCAACCCACGGAUUUGGCGCGGCCAAUUUCAACAAAACGAUGCUGUUGUUUACAUUUUCAUUUUUGGAACCCACAGGAUUGGCCAGGUUAGACAUGGAAAGUCUGUGGGCAGGGCCACUCACAAAACCACUGUGCAGGCAACGCUUGUUCCUCGCCUGUCUUCCGCUAGUGGAAAAUUCGACGGCUUAAGCUUUGAAUCAAACUGUGGGCCUCGAAUUUGUUUUGAAUCUCGCAAAAGCGAUAACCGCUCCGGCGCCGGGCAGAACCCUCAGGCUUAAUUUGGAGCUGCUGGGUUGACCCAUCACAUAGUAUGAGCGCUUGUACGAAUGAGGCUCGAGUCGACUUGAAUUUGGUGAUGCUUCCAGAUGAAUAAUCGGUCGACAGCACCGGAUGCUUGAGGAAUUUGGACGUGCUUGCUACAGUAUGGUGGACAAACACAUCGAUGACGGCACGCUGCAGGUUCGCAGUAGGACGCUCGCGGAAUCGUCUUCAGCAAAUGGGCAUGCUCAGCGCGACAAGGUAGCCGACAAGUUAGCCGUCGUACUCGUGGCCGUUAGAUUCCACCAAGCUGGGGAGGCCAGGUCGGAGAAAAAGCAUGUAGCAGGGCCGAUGUCAAGUUCUGGUCAAGGACAGUCGCUUCUUGUCAUGGCCGAAUGGCGAUACACAGGCAUUACGAUCUCGCAUAGAGGAAAUGCUUCAAAUGACACAACCCAGCGGACCGAUAGCAAGCUAUGCUGGUUGUGACCUAGAUCAACCGG